AUGUCGUUAACGACGCGUCUACCUCAGACGUUGAAACAGGUUCGACCAGUUCUAUCGGCAGAUCAUGGGGAAGCAAAAAGACGUGUUUUAAAUCUGUAUAAAAUUUGGCUUCGUCAAAUUCCUUACAUUCGCGUUGAUUACAUCAAAAACAACUGGACAGAAACGCGCUUACGUGAUGCGAUUAAGGAAAAUUUCAUGCGAAACAAACAUGUAACCGAUUUGCGUGUUAUUGAUUUACUUGUCGUUCGUGGCCAAAUGGAUUUUGUUGAGACGGCUGAAAUUUGGCGACAACAACAUAAUACAGCUACUAUGGACCGCAAAAAGGACACAUAUAAGAAAAAGCCCGUUGGUUUUCUCGAACGUUUUUAUGAAGGCCAUUGA